GGAUUUCUGCCAUUCUGCCUGUGCCUUCGUCCGCUCGAGGAGUCCGUCAGCUUUGACGUCAAACGCCCUCCAAUCGCGUCGGCGUGUGCUUGAACCCCGUCGGGCUGUGACCCAAGUUACAAAUCCACCGUGUUGGUCUUAUUACUGCCCCUCUUCCUGCUGCGUGCCUAGUUGGACGGAUCCUGGUCUUGCGUUCCUUCGGACAUCAUAUCGACAAAAAGUCAAGACCGUGUACCUGCAGGCACCGUUCGAACGGACUUUCCACAGCCUUCGUUGGCCAGCUGCGCCUCGUCAGGCCAUUCCUUUGCACUCCGGCAUCAUUUGCUCCGUGGCGAGCCGGACGAAUGUGAUCUCCAGGCUCCACAAUUGCCUACGCUUGGCCUCGAAAUAAUCUUAGCGCAUCUUCAAAAAAUACAUUCGGAAGGAUCGAUACGUCUCCUUUAUACGUGCUGCGCCCAGAAGGGCCGUUGCAAAUCUGUCCUGCAGCUGAAGUAAAAGAAGUCCGAGGCUCCCGCGCGACGCUGCGCAGAUCGAGCGGCGACGGUGAUCUGACUGCGAAAUCCCGCCCGCGGGCGAAGGCUACAAUUUUCCGAACUGCUACGAUGAACUAUAUGCAAGCGUCCGCUUUGGGCAAUGGGAUGAAUUAUCCUGCCACCGCCCUUGGUGGCCCUCGACGAAUAUACGGGAGCUACCCGAGCGAGGGGACUCCUCUGCCCCCAAAUGCGCUCGCCGCGAGCAUGUAUACCGACGAUCUGAUGGGCUAUGGUCUUGAAGAGAGCGACCAGCACAGCGACCCGAAGAGGAGGAGGAUAGCGAGGGCGUGCGACAUGUGCAGGAAGAAGAAGAUCAAGUGCGACGGCAAGAUGCCCGCGUGCACCCACUGCCAAAACUACAAGACGGAGUGCAUCUUCACCCAGGUCGAGAAGAAGCGCAAUCCGCCCAAGGGCGCAAAGUACAUCGAAGGCCUGGAGAAUCGUUUGGGCCGUAUGGAAUCGCUUCUUCGCCUUAGCGGUCUUCUUCCAGAGGACGACGAGGGCGCCACGGAUCUGGCUACGCUGGAGAAAAAACUAGCCGAGAAAGCGGCUCAGGCAAACAGAGACAAGGACAGUGGCAAGGCGCUUUCUACUCCCGAGCAGGAGGACGCUACGGUUGGAAACACCCCCCGUCAGGCUUCGGAGAGCCCCGACGAAAACACGUCCCCGGCAUCUUCAGCUGGUGCUCCGAAGAAAAAGAAGGAGGCAGAGGUCGAGGCGCUGUCGGACAUGAUGUGCUCACUGGUGACGAACAAUUGUGGUGAGACGCGGUAUAUCGGCUCGUCGUCUGGAUUCUCCAUCUUCUCGCCUAAAGGUAUCCAGUGGGUCAACGAGAAGACGGGCGACACUUCUUUCCAGGAGAUGAUCUCAAAUGCAGCCGUUGAUGACAACAAGUGGAUAAAUUGGAAGCCAGACGUCUUCAGAGACAUAUUCCAUCGACAAGUCUACCAGCCUUUGCCUCCGAAGCACGAGGCCCUGUCGCUGCUGAAGGAUUUUUUCGAGAACUUCAACUGCAUGUUCCCCUUGUUUCAUGAGCCAACCUUCAUGCACUUAGUCGACAAACAUUACUCGAGAGAUCCCUAUGAAGGCUCUGGCUGGUGGGCAAGUCUGAACGUUGCUUUGGCAAUCGCACAUCGCUUGCGAGUGAUGAGCAAUUUGGUGCCUCAAGAUGAAGACCAGAAGGCUUGGGGGUACCUCAAGAAUGCCAUGGCCGUUCAAGCUGAGCUGACGAUCCGCAACACGGACCUGCUCAGUGUUCAGGCUUUGCUGGGCAUGGCGCUCUUCUUGCAGGGCACACCGAAUCCCCAACCCUCGUUCUUCCUUGUUGCAGCCGCCAUACGCCUGUCGCACAGUAUUGGUCUGCACAAGCGUGGGUCCGGCUUCAAUCUGAAUCCGAGCGAGUCAGAGCAGCGGAAACGAGUCUUUUGGAUCGCAUAUAUGCUCGAUCGCGAUCUCUGCUUACGGUCUGGUCGGCCGCCCGUGCAGGAUGACGAUGAUAUGAACGUGGAGCUCCCGAGUGAAGACCCUCCAGAUAACAUUGGUAACAUUCCUCUGGCAGACGGCAAGGGCAAAGUCAAUCUGUUUCGACUGAUGUGCACCUUUGCUCUGAUUGCUAGCAAGGUCUACAAGCAGCUUUAUUCCGUAAAGGCGUCAAAGCAAUCCGACGGAGAAUUAUUAAACACCAUCGGCGAACUUGACAAAGAACUUGAGGAAUGGAAAGACAGCAUCCCAAUCGAUUUCCGGCCUGAGCACGAGAUCAAGGCCUCACAUACGCCGCUUAUUUUGCACAUUGUAGUCUUGCAUUUUGCGUACUACAAUUGCCUGACAACGAUCCAUCGAAUGUCGGUACAUCACGGAUAUUGGACAAGCCGGCUGUCAAAUUAUGCUAUUCAAGGUUUGAACGCGCGACCGCUGAACCCGCGAGUGUUCUCGUCUGCGGCGCUGUGUGUUUCAGCUGCAAGAGCGUCGAUCCACCUUAUUAAGUAUAUUCCUCAUGGUGAUUUUGACUGUGUGUGGUUGAUCCUAUACUAUCCUGUCUCCGCUCUCGUGACGUUGUUUGCAAACAUUCUACAAAACCCUACAGAUUCGCGAGCACGAACGGAUCUGAAACUCAUGAAUCAUGUCGUCACGUUCCUUUCAGGCCUUUGCACCAACGACCAGAACAGCAGCGUCAAGCGUAUGCUGAACGUCUGCUCAGAGUUUGAGCGAAUUGCUAAGAUCGUCCUCGACAAGGCUGACAAGGAGGCUCAUUCGAGACGUAAGAGGAAGCAACAAGAGAACAAAGAAGACGCUGCAACUGCUCUGGACAAUGCAAAGACGCCACGAGCUUCAGCCUCGACGCCAGCUGCAAGGAAUGAUCCGAAAACGCCACAGCCGUCCCAACCUGGAAAUAUCCCUAAUGUCUUUACUCCACCCGACAUGUCGAGAUAUCUGACCGAGGAGGCUUUGCAGUCCCUCAACGGCGCCCUGCAGACUGGCUCUCCAGGGUCACAGUUCUUAUCGCCCCAGGUGCAGAAUGCCAACUUGCCGGACGUGAAUGGCCAUAGCAGAGCUACAUCUACCGCAAACGUCAACAUGGACUUUACUGGUGCCUCCAACGCGUCGACACCAGCGAUGAUAAACGACCUGUCAAUUGGCAAUGCGUUUGCGCAGCCAUUCGUACCGCAAGAUCUCUGGCAAAUGCCCAUGACUCUUGAAUGGGACUGGGCGGGUAUGACUGAUUACGGCGGCACAUUUGAGGAUGGCACCGGCUCUGGCGGGCUAGAGACGAGUGGAGUGAUCAGCAACUUGCCAGUCUCAGGGCCGUUCUUCCAAGGCAGCGAUGAGCGUCCAACGUCGAAAUGAGACACAGAAAGAAUUUCAAUCGAUCUGUUUGAGCGAUAUCCGACAGCAAAAUCGUUCGUUACUAUUGUCAUUAAGAGCCUGAUCUCUCUAUGGAGGCAGCCAUAUCUUUGUUUUUUUGGCAAUUCCAGGGCUUUUUGAACCAAAAGUAAUCUUUAGUAAUGGGCAUGCGCUUAUAAACCUGCUGCAUAUGGCCAUUUAAGCGUGAGCAAAGACUUGACUCAACCAAGCGGCUCUUCGUAAGUGCAAAAAAAAGGGGGAAGGAGGAAAGGAGAGAAGGGGGAAAGAAACCGCUGGGACGGACAUACUAUAUUAGAUUAUGGGGCUCCAUGAUCGACGAGCGCGAAAAAUGCAUCCUCUCAACUCACCGGUUUUGAUGUGUACAGGUAUGGCUUUUUUGGCUUUAUGUGCUAUGAUUUUAUGAUGGCAUUUACUCUCUUUCUCUCUCUCUCUCUCUCUUUACCCCGUUUCAUCCUACCGAGAUAGAUAUUAGUUGCGCGGCCACGACUACAUCUGGUUCUGCCAUGUAAUGUAAAUUGGCCUUCUCUCUCGCACGCGCAGAUACCGUCUCGCUUUUUCUUUUGACAGUUUCCAAAUGCACCUUUCCG